CUUGCACUUACUACAAUUGUAAUCAAGUAUCCACGUCGAUAGCACAUUUAGGCUUCACUGUAGUCUUGCAGACUUCACCCAGCGCUUCACGAUCAUGGACUCAUCUUUAGAUCGACCAUUCAACAAGAUCAUUAUCGUCGGUGCAGGUCCCUCCGGUCUGCUACUGGCUCUUCUGCUUGCCCAGAAAAACAUCCCCUCUGUGGUACUAGAGUCGUGGCCGCAUCUUGACACCCGUCUACGAGCAACGCAGUAUGGAGUCCCCGCCACCCGCGUCUUCCGUCGCGCAGGCAUACUUGAUGACAUUCGCAAAGCCAGUAUCGCAAGGUUCCCGAGCAUUUGCUGGAGACGCGUCUCAGACCACGAGAAGCUGAUUAGCCUGGACCUAUCACUUGUUGAAGAUGAUCCCGAUCGCAUGACAAUCUUACCUCUUGGCGAGAUCAUACAAAUCCUAUACCGACAUUGCCUUGAGAGAGGAGAGGGACUUAUCGACGUCAGGUUCAAUCACGAGGUCACAGAUGUCGGCCAGGAUGACAAUUCUGCCUAUGUUGACGUCAACAUUAAAGGCGAGGGGGGUUCAGAAAAUGCUCGUAUCACUGCUGACUACGUCGUGGGAUGCGACGGAGCAUCUAGUGCUGUCAGACGCUCAUUGUUCGGAAGAGAAUGGCCUGGCCAGACACUACCGUAUCGAUUUGUUGUUCAGAAUGUCUACUACGAUGGCUUCCAGAAGCAUAAUUGGGACGGUGGAAAUUACAUGGUCGACAAUGAUCACUGGGGCCUGAUUGCUCGCAGAGGAAAGGGGGGCUUAUGGCGUGUCACCUACGGAGACCCAGUCACGGGCUUGACAGACGAAGAGUACCUGGCCCGUCGACCUUCACACAUGAAAGCAAUGCUCCCAGGACAUCCUGACCCAGAACAGUACCGAAUCGAACACACCAACAUAUACAACAUACACAAUCGUUGUGCUGAGAGCUUCAAGGUCGGUCGUGUCAUUUUAGCCGGUGAUGCAGCGCAUGUUUGCAACCCUAUGGGAGGAUAUGGUUGCAUGACUGCUGUGUUGGACGUCGGUGGUCUGGCAGAUUGCUUCAUCGGAUAUUACCACGGGCUGGCGGACGAGGAUAUCCUUGACAAGUAUGCAGAGGUCCGACGGGAUAUCUUUGUCAGAUAUGUUGAUCCACGAUCGAUCAAGAAUCUCAAUCGCGUGGCGAGAUCUGAUCCUCAGACGGUCUUGGAAACAGACAAGUUCUUCGGUAUUCUUAAGGACCUACAACAGGAUGGCAAUGACAUGAGGGCGUUUCUGUUGAAAGUGUCCAGUAUCGAACAUGAUUUCACGAAGCAUUACAAGAGCAAUCAGAACCGGCUAGUUCUAUGAUCGUCUACAGCAUCGUAGUAACUUUAACACGCACAUUCAUCUGUUGCAAAUCCACCAAUCAAUUUAUCGUAUUUGUUCCUCUUAAACAGAAUGCAUGUAGCUACCUGACCUUUAAUACAAACCCACAGCUCUCAAAGACUCGCUAUGCUAUCCCAA